ACUGGUCCGGAAACCGUGCGAUAUAUUCAAUAAUGUUGGUGGAGAAAAUAGGUUAUGCAGCGAUCAUAUAUUGGGGAUACAAAUUUUCUCGUAACACGUUGUACAAAGUGUACAAUAACUUUUUCUCCACUUCAUGCGUCGACUUAUACUCGAUGGGUAAAUGGGCAGUGGUCACAGGAUGUUCCCAUGGGAUAGGAAGAGCGUAUGUCGAGGCUCUAGCAAGAAUAGGGUUAAACAUAAUUCUUGUCAGCCCUGACACGGAGAAUUUAAAGGCGAUCGCUAGCAAUAUCGAGGCGAUGUACAACGUGAAAACGAAAGUGAUCAAGUUGGAUCUAUCGGAAGGUCUGGAAACGUACAACGCUAUUGAGAAAGAGAUGUACGGUUUGGAGAUCGGCGUAUUGGUCAACAACCUUGGUAUGUCGUAUCCGCAUCCGGAAUAUUUUCUCAAUCUUCCUCACAAAGAGAAGAUCUACAUGAGCAUCAUACAUUGCAACGUGGUCGUCGUCACGAACAUGUGUCGCAUCUUGCUGCCUCAAAUGGUGGUCAGAGGGAAAGGAGUGAUCGUAAACGUUGCCUCGAUGGUCGCUGUACUGCCGAGUCCUCUUCUCACUGUAUUUGCAGCCACGAAGGCGUACAUCGUGAAAUUCAGUAAAGAUUUACAGAUCGAAUAUGCUAAACAUGGUAUAAUUGUACAGUGUUUGUUACCUGGUACCGUAACUAAUCAUAAGACAGACUCGCCAAGAUCAGGGUGGAUGGUACCAACGCCUGAGAAAUAUGUACAAAGCGCUAUUAAAACGAUAGGCAAGGAGAAUGUGACAACAGGUUUCUUGCAACACUCCAUUCUAGUCAGGAUAAUUAAAUUGAUUUAUCGAGUAUCACCUAACUCUAUCAUCGUUUGGAUGAUCAACAUCAUGGAAGGGAAUCGGAAUAUCGCCUUGCGGCGUUACAUCGGAUGAUUUUGUACAAAUAUUUAAAUAUACAAGCCUUAAUGUAAA